UGUUAUAUUAUUUGCAAAAUGCAUUAAAAGCUACUGAACGUGUGAGUGUGACAUAUGUUAAAUUGAAAUAUCAGUGUAAAUACAGGGAAAUGGAGUCGAAACCCAAUGGUAUAUUUAUAUCUUCCUCAUUGUAAAAUAAAGUAGAAAAACAAAAUGAAAGUUGUCAUCGGAAUUUGUUUUGUUUGUCUUGCCUAUCACGGAGUAAAUGCAAUAGAUUGUGGCAAUCCAACGACGGAAAAUGGAAUCACGUCGUUUGACAAUACAACAUACGGGUCACUUGCAAACAUCUCUUGCGAUCAAGGAUAUACACUUAUAGACGAAAACAAUUUCACAAUUUACUGCCAGGAUGACGGGCAAUGGUCUUCUGCUCCAGUUUGUGUACAAGGUUGUGACAAUCCGCAAAUAAAAAGUCAACUUAGCUAUGAAGAAAGGACCUACCUGUCAAACAUAUCGCUUGUAUGUCUUACCGACGGGUAUAUUCUACAUGGUACUCCGUAUAUCAUAUGUCAAACAAAUGGGUCUUGGACAAAAGAGCCACAGUGUUACGCAAUAG